CUUAUAUUAAAAACGGCCAAUAUGUAAAACUUUAACGCGUUCUGUGUGAACAGCUAUGUUAUCUUGGUAGGACGCUCAUUCGGUUUUGAGACGCAGCAACUGAACAGGCGCAUCAGCUGCAGGAAGUAAAACAAUCGCGUUUAAAACGCUUAUUUUCAUUAAAGUCGGUACGAAUUACUUAACGCUUAUAUUUAACUGUUUUUUUUUUAAAUCGCUCCUUUAAACCCAGUCCUUUGUGAAAACCUAUUUAAGGCGCAUGAAAUGUUUGAUAGCUUAGCAUUUGAGGCUGUAUUAGGGAUGCUGUCCAAAACGUAACCUCAAGCUCCUGUGUUACACUAAAGUGGGAGGAGGUUUGGAUUCAAGCUAAGCUUCAGUGUUUAUUUUAGAUAUACAUGUUGUGCUGACCUCGGAUCACAGUCCGUCUCCUCAGGAUGGAGAUAGCUGUAGCCAAAAUCCUCUGCCUGUUGGUGGUCUUUGCCCUCAUGUUGGGGGGGAUCCUUAUUCCUGUACGAGUGAUGCAGGCAGAGUUUGAUAAAGUCACAAGGUACAGAAAAGUGGUUGCAUUCAGCAAUUCUUUUGGUGGAGGUGUAUUCUUGGCUACCUGCUUCAAUGCUCUUCUACCAACGGUUAGAGAUAAGGUUGAGGAAGUUCUGCAAAUGGUAAACGUCACCACAGACUACCCAUUGGCAGAGACAAUGAUGAUGCUUGGGUUUUUCCUCACAGUAUUCGUCGAACAAGCUGUACUGACUUUCCGCAAAGAGAAGCCCUCAUUUAUUGACUUGGAGACAUUUAAUGCUGGUGGCUCGGAGGCAGGGAGUGACUCUGAGUACGAUACUCCUUUCAUUGACCCACCUCGAGGUACAGCUGGAGCCCACCAGCACCAUUCUCAUCACCAUGGAAACUUUAGCCCUACAGAACUGACACGUGCCGGGCCGUUGAGGUUGGCUAGCCUGGUGCUGGCACUUUCUGCUCACUCUGUCUUUGAGGGUCUCGCUCUAGGCCUUCAGGAAGAUGGAGCUAAGCUCGGAAGCCUCUUCAUUGGAGUGGCCAUCCACGAGACGCUGGCAGCUGUGGCACUAGGGGUUAGUGUAGCCAACGCAGGAGUGCCCCUACGGGAUGCCAGUAAGCUGGGCAUAACAGUAAGCCUAAUGAUCCCUCUGGGCAUUGGUAUUGGCAUGGGUAUUGAGACUGCCCAGAACUUGGCAGGAAGUAUUAUCUCUGUUGUGCUCCAGGGCCUGGCAGCUGGCACAUUCCUCUUCAUAACGUUCUUUGAGAUCCUCUCACGAGAGCUGGAGGAUAAACAUGACAGGCUUCUAAAGGUGCUGUUCCUGAUCGUGGGCUAUGGUAUACUAGCAGGUCUCAUCUUUAUCAAAUGGUGAAAGGGUUCAGAAGUAUAUGGAGUUAAACAUGCCAACCAUUAUAAACAACAGGUUUCAAGAAAUCUACUGUUAAAUUAAUAAUAUUUAUAUUGCCUCAUUUACCAUUUAAUGGUUCUCCAAACUCUUGGAGAAAACUGCAGUGGAAUUUGUAAAAGAUGUAACUUUAAUUUUACACAUCUUUUGUGUAAAUAUUUAAUUUUAAAGAUACCUUUAAACUUUAAAGGGGUCAUGUCAUGAGAAAUAAAUGUGAUAUUUUUGCAUACAAGGCAGUUUUACUAUAGAAACAUACUGCAAGUUUCAGAACUCUAAACUUCCUCUCCAGUUCGAGAGUAUUUCUACUCUGUAAAAUCGACUCAUUUUGAAAUUGGCUACAUUAUGAGGUCACAGAGCAGUAUUAUUUGAAUAGUCCCACCUCCAAAGCAUGUGUGAUUGUCUCGAUGAACUGAUGUUCUUCAACUCUAAAGGUGGUACUAUUUUUGUUGUAGUUUGCUAUUAACCAACAAAAAUAUUAAGAUGUCAAGAAAGGUACUCAGAUGUUGUGUUCCUGUUUGUGGAAAAACUGCAUCUCUGCAUAGCCUUCUUAAGUAUCCCAAUGUUAGGAAUGAGUAGGUUAUUUAGUUCCUGAAUGCAUUAAUGGGUGGCCAGAUGUUUUGUUAAGCACAUUUCUCUGGGGAUUCGUUAAAGAUCUUUUAGGGUUCAGACUUUGCAAAGAAAUGUCUUUUGAAAGAUGGAGCAGUGCCUAUGCACUCAGAUAUAGGUAUACUACCAUUAGGGUUGGGAACCGGUUCUAUUCUUUACAAAAUACCAUAAUCGUAUGAUCUACAUGACUUUCAGUUCUGUUAACUGAAUGUGCGUGAAUUUUCCACUGAUGUGGAUGGAACACCAUGCUAAAAUAAUCUGAUAGUGUUUCCUGCAGUGCAUUUCAGCAGCAGCAUGCAUGCAGCGUUCUACAUGGUCUACAGCUUAAAACACACAAAUGCAUGUCUCUUAUGAGCCGGCUCUGUUAAGUUUACGUUGCAAAAUAUACAACACUUCCGGUAUAGUCAGAUUCCCAAUAGAAGCACUUGUAUAAGCUGGUUCCUCUGAAUCUACAUUACAAAACAUACAGUAUAUGUAUAGUCCGGUAUAGUAUUAAUCUUACACUGAUUGCAAAUUAUGAAUGUCCAACUCGAAAUUAAAUAAGAACUGUAGAAGUCUUACAAUCUUGAAGAACAACAUUAAACAACAGAACAGUCUAAACUGUCUCUGGAACUGUUAAUGUAAUGUCAUGUUACUUUAGACCUCUGAGACUUUAAUCAAGCAGUGCCGUUACUGGUUGUUCAUAUGACAAUGUUUAAUUAAAGAUACACAAUAUUUGAGGUUUAAGGAUUAAGGAAGUUUAAGGAUUGUUUUUUUUUAAAUCAAUGAAAUAUACCAUCACAUUUCUUGUUUGAUUGUUGUUUGUUUAUUUCUUUCUUUCUUUUGCCUAGUUAGGAUAAAUUGUUGGAUUUGUUUUAUGUCUUUAAUAAGUCAGCAAACACCUUUUACGAGAAUUGUAUGAAAUGUAUUUCUAAUUGGUUAUAUCUGCUCUGUAGAAAUCUUAAAGUGUCUCAUCAUUUUCAAAUAAUUCUUCCUAAAAUGUUCUAAAAUAAUUAGUGGAACCAUUAUGGAACCAGAAUCAAUAAAUUCCUUACGAUUUGUAUCCCAUGCUAUACUUUUUCUCUCUAUAUUGUAUCGAAACUUUAGGUCCAUGUUUAAAUAUUUAUAUUCAGCUAUUUGUGUAUUCAUAUCAUGUACAGUAUAUCGCAUAUGCGACUAAAAAUGUCUGUGAUUAGCCACUGCCUGGUAAUUUUUUUUGAUUUCAUGCACCAGUGUUUGAGUAGUGUAGUGGCAAAGAAAUUCAGCACAGAGAUCUUUUUACUGCGUGAUGGAGUAAAAGUUUGG